GCCGAGAAAAAGCUGUUGGUUAUAUAAAUUGCCCAACAAUUCUAAAAUACUAUUAGGUACAUCUUGGAAAUGGUAUUUAUUGUUCACGAGCAAACUUUCAUGCAAUGGACAUAGCAAAAAAUGAUUGUGACUGGGCCAUAGCUCUCCUUAUUGGAGUGUUUGGCGAAAAUGCAAAAUUAAUGAGGGUUUACCCAAGAAAGUCAGAGCUACAAAAAUUUCCUCUUACUUUUUUGGUAUUAGCUCAAACUUUAUACAGAGAACGAUUAAAACAAAAAAAAUAUGAAGGUGACAUUGAAAAGAAAGUGAAGUCAUUACCAGCUUAUCUGUCUGACCGAGCACUAGAUCUUGCAGAAGCAAGAGGUACGACCUCCCAUAAACGCUUACAGAAAGACAAAAAUAAGGAUAAUAUAUCGAAGAGACAAAGGAAGGAGACGGAAACAGAUGUACUUCCAGCUUCUACAUUUAUAUCUACAACGUCAUCAAUUGCUGAAAAAGAAAACGAUAAAUCUCAUGAUAUUUUAUCUGUAUCAAUCGAAGAUAAUAAUGAUUUAUCAAACAUAUGA